CAACCAAAAUGCAGUUGCCAUUCACCCUCGAACACUUGCCGAAGCAGUCGACCGCCUCCUGGGGUCCACCAACCGCGAUCCCAAGCUCGCUUAACUUCCACGACGUGCCAUACGCACCAUACUCCAAGUCCGACAAGUUAGGCAAGGCUGCCGACUGGUUGACGGACCCAGCUGCGGCGCCAAACGCGUACGGUAAUACCGCCACCAAGUCCAGAAAUACUAGAGAUCCGUUCCACGCGUACGGGACUUCCGCUGCCUCCUCCUUUGCCGCCGAAGAGGAAGAGGAAGCCGGUGAUUUCUCCGUUGUGGACAGCUCUACCAGCGCCAAGGUUGCCGCCACCGUGUUGAAACGCAACAGCGCGAACCAGGCCGCAGGCUCUUACUCCACUGCGCUUGGCGCAAAGCGUGGCGCGACCCCGGCCGCGCGUGCAAGCCCAGCCGCCGCACGCGCAGCGCAGCAGGCCACGCAACCGCAGCAGUUCGGUAACAGAAGAAGAUACGGCUCAUGGAAGGACGACUUCCAGGCUCGAAUCCGUGACGCUUCUAUCGACAUCCAGGACUCCUGGGAGGUUGUCUACGACGCCGAGUUCCACAAGUUGACCAAGUUGAACAUGGAGGUCAAGGAGGUCGAGGACCUCGAUUCCUACGGGUCUGUCGCGUACUACAACAAGCAGAUCGAGAGGCCGUUGUCGAACCAGACCUUGCAGGCUGAAGCCAGGGCUGUAGUGAGCCCUACCGCGUCCGAAGAUGCGGUUUUGGUGAAGCUUGCGGCCGCCUCCAGCGGUGCGGUCUUCACCACCGACACCUGUCUUGCCCAGUUGAUGUGUGCUGCCCGUUCCGUGUAUUCGUGGGACAUGGUGAUCACCAAGAAGGCCGAUACCGGUGCGAUCUUCAUCGACAAACGCGAAAACUCGAUCCUCGACCGCGAAACCGUGGACGAAAACACCCAGGACGCGCCGUCAGACUCGAAGGACACGGACAUCAACAACGCCACAAACUUGGCCCAAGAAGCGACCUCCAUCAACCAGAACUUUAUCGCACAGUCCUUGGCUGCGGGCAAGCCGUACUCCAUGGCCCAUCCCGAAGCGCCGUUCACAUCUACCAAGGGGUACAAGUACCGUAAGUUCAAGCUUCCGGUCGGUAACGCCUCCUCUAAGAGCACCAGACACAAGUUGGGCAACGAUGAGGAGGAAGACGCUGAGGACUUUAUCGGCUUGGUGGUUAGAGCCGAGGUUGACUCUGUCCAGGCGACCGGUGAGAAGUUGACCAUCAGAGCGUUGAAUGAGUACGUGCCACCAGCCACCGCACAACAGCACAAGUUGGACUGGAAGACCAAGUUGCAGACCCAGAAGGGUGCGAUCAUUGCCGCGGAGUUGAAGAAAAACAACAACAAGGUCGCCAAGUGGGCUACCUCUGCGCUUUUGGCCGACAACGACUCGCUCAAGUUGGGAUUCGUGUCCAGAGUAAACCAGAAGGCCAACUCCAAACACGUGGUCUUGGCUGUCAACACCUACAAGCCACAGGAUCUCGCUAUCUCCAUUGGUUUGUCCUUGAACAAUGGGUGGGCCGUUGUCAAGUCGUUCGUCGACAUUGUCAACAACAGAUGCGACCAGGAGGAGGACAAGUCUGUUGACCAGAAGUUCGUAUUGGUGAAGAAUCCGAACGCGCCGAAGAUUACCUUGUACAAGGUCUAGAAAGCUAGCUUCGGUUGGUUUACUGUGUAUAGAUGUUUGAGUAAUGGCGAAAGCAAAUUUGUUUAACAAAUGUAGAUUAUACGGAUUUUCUAGAAAUCUAC